UGUACCUACUGUUCUCAACUCAUUUUGUAUUUUAUUUUAAUUAUUGUGUCGCUUUUAUAUUAAAACCUCAUACAAAUCAGUGUAAACAUUAUUUCCAUAUCAUCUUCGCCAACAGCCCGGAAUACCGAACUCACAAAAGCCCCGCCAAUCGGACCUUUAGUGUUAAAACGUUCAAUUAUAAAAAUAGUAAUUAUUAUAAUUGAACGUUAUCUUCGUAUAGAUAUAUAUUGAUAAGAUAAGAUUCAAAAUACAUACCCGCUGUUGACACAGUUGUAUGGCGAACAAUAGCAGCUAUGGGUAACGCUAAAUCCUAUCCAGGUCUUACACAAGACGUUUUGGAAGACUACACUAAUCUAACCUAUUUGAGUAAAGGCGAAAUAUUACAUCUGAUGAAGAAAUUUUAUUCGAUAAAUCCAGAUAAAUUGGAGGCUGACUAUCAAUACAGGUUCAGUAAAGAAGACAUUGUGAAUAAAUUUGAAGUUUUAAGGAACAAUCCCUUUCAAGAUCGUCUUUUCCGAGUGUUCUCCUCGCACGACGAUGGCCGUUUCUCAUUUGAAGACUUAUUGGAUCUGUGCUCAGCGAUGUGUCCGGAAUGUCCACUUGAAGUAAAAGCUGCGUGGGCGUUUAAAGUUUUUGAUCUGGACGAUGACAACCAAAUAUCAGCGAAGGAUAUUUGCCAGAUUAUAGACCGACUCACUUGGACUGGAAAUAAUCGUUCGAAUUUCCUCGAUCGCGAAUCAAAAGCAAAGAUAGCCGAAAUUAUCUUGGAAGAAACAAAAUUGGACAGCAGCGGCAGUAUCGGCCUAAGUGAAUUUAAAAUUAUGAUGUCCAGGAUACCGGAGUUUUCAUCGUCUUUUUACUUUAAAUUAUGAAAUCUUAAAAAAAUAUUGUAACAUUUCCUAUAACAAAUAAUUUUAAUACAGCCCUAACUAUAAUAAUAUAGCUAUAUUUUGUGCUUUAACAAGGCAGAUGAUGAUGAAAGUAAUUACACUUUUUUUUUCAAUCCGAAGGAAAUCGCAACAUACAUCGGUUGCGUAAUAUUUAGAGGAAAGUAGGCACAUGAGAUAUGUCUGUAUGAUAAUUAUGUGAAAUCCUAUUCGUAAGUAAGGACGCCUAGGCUACGAAUCCUUUGCUUACCUACCAUCUGAAGUAGGUACCUUA